GUGUCGAUAUUUCGUUCUCUCGACAAGGAUCAUUGAAAGUGCGACGUUUCUCGAAGAAAACCGAUUGGAUACUCGGAAGUGAAAGCUGCAGAUUUAGAAAUGUUAAUAUUCAGUUGAAUAUCUAGCGUGAAAGGAAGAUUAAUCGGGAGAAGAAGAAUCGGGAUAAAGUAAUCCGAAGAUUCAGGAAUAAUAAUUUGAACUGAUGAAGGAUUGAAUUACAAGUAGAUUUGUAGGACGUCAGUUUAAUUUCAUGUGCCGUAUGUUGACUGACGGAAUUGCAUCGAGAUCGAUGAAUAAGAAAGAAAAUUGGACGUUAACGGAUUUGAUUCGGAAGAAUAAGUGAAUAGUUGAAUUCAUUGAUUGAUUUUUGUUAUAGUUAUACGCGCGAGAUUUGUGUAUGCCGAUCGGAGAAAUUUCGAUCAAGUGAUUGAGAGAAUUUGAAUGAUAGAUAGUUUAAUGAGAAAGAAAAUUUGCAGUUAAAUUAAUGAACGUAAAAAAUCUAGGCAUUCUUUGAAGUUGCAUUAUCGCGGCAAACAAAGUACGUUUUAUUGUGAAGCGCCGGAAGUCUCGGGGAGCAGCAAAUAACAUCGUCGAGUAAUCAAGGCAGCGGUUGAAUAAAUUGGAUCGGGGAUAUUACAAGAACCGUCGAGAGAGAAAAAGGGUGGAAGAAAAAGGAUGCAUAAGGAAAGUCGCCAUUAAGCUAUGGCAAAGAAAAAGCUUUCUCUCCGUGAAAAAUAAGGGAAACGAUAAAUUGGCGAGAGACAUUAUACAUUAACUCCCAUUUUGGAAAUGGUGCACGAAUUUCAAAGUGUCGUAUUUCUGAUAAAUUAUUUGGAGUUUUAUCUGGAAAUUCAGAGAAAACGAUCGACGUCGUUCUGUAAUUUUCUUUUCGAAGCAAAUACACUGAAAAUUUCGGUUCGUCAGCGCGAACUUUUUUGUGGAAUACAUAAAACUCACCGAACGAGGAAAGUUAUUUCAUAGUCGACUUCAAAUGCGUUCUCUUUUCGUGCGCAACCGCAUGAAAAAUAGAGGAGUUUUCGCUGCGUCGAACAAUAAGCAUUUUCGCGUGAAAGUGACAAGAUGAUGACGGCCUUUGAAAAGAAAAAAAAAAGAUCCAUGUGAUUUUCAUGGGUGAGACAAAAGGUUGUCUGUGAAACGGAAGUCCCUCGUGUAGAAGAAUGCUAAUUAACCCAAUUCCUCCCAAAGUUGCGUUAACCAACUAGCAUACAUUUUAAUUCAUUAUGUUAUCAUCCUUCGUUUCCUUAAUUAAAGUGAAAUCAUUGUCUCAAUUACAAAAAAGGCGGGACCAUAAAUAUAAAUUAGUGUACCUUAACGAGUAAAGCGGUCACCUUGCGGAGAAAUUAGCGAAACUAAUUUGAGAUAAACUGCUGCAACGUCUUAAUGGAGGAGAACUAAUGAACUUUGUAAUCUUGUAAAAUGCUCGUCGGGACAGCUGGCAGUCUGUCAUCGCCGGGACUCCUUCUCGUGUAAAAUAAAGAAUUUGCUGAUGUGCGACGAAAAGACUUUCAAUUUGUACAAGAAAUUGCGUCUUGGGUGGUCCCCAAACUUAAGUCGUCGUCAGUAUAACAUCUUUUCUCGUAAUCAGGACGGUAUAUUUUUGUUAUGAUAUGUCAGUUUAAAUCUUAAAUCACAGAUUGACGAUUAUAGUAAUUGGUCUCAACUGUGGGUUGGAGGAUUUCAUCUAAGAAUAUGCAUUAUCCGAAGCCACACGCAUUGAGUUGAACAGACCCGGGGUCUGUCAUUGUCGAUAACUCGUUCGCUAGGGUGACCAUCGAGGGUGAAAACAGGGGACUCGAAGUACAUUUGUGAAAGUAUUCGUUAGAGAUGGUCAGCCAACACGCGAUGGCCACUACCGUCCGUAAAGUUAAGCAGGAGAAUCGUCUCAGGCGGCAGAAUCAAAGCCAAGAUGAAGAGGGGCUUUACAAACCAGUGCCACCACCGAAACCGGUGUCGAAUAAUCAGAAAAAUCGAUCGGUAGCCGAGAGGCCGUCAUUGCGAACGACUUCCGGUCCGGAAAGGACCAACGUCGCAGAGGACGGGCAGGUUCGAAGCGCAGCCGGGCAGCCCUUUGCACCGGAAUACAGGAUGCCACCCUUGUACGGGGAGGAGCAGAGUUCGGGUCAGGCUCAACAGGCGGCCAGUUUGCAGACUCACAGCAGCAAGUUCCCGGUAAGUAUAACUAUUUUGUGAGCAAACGGUAAUUAUUGUCAUUCUAAGAUCCCUAUUCUUCACGAGUACAAGCAGAGGACCGCCGGAAGAGUCGCCAUCGCGCCGGAUGCGCCAAUCAAGCAACAGGCCUGGGUUCAAGAAGGAACUCAGAUGCAGGAAGUAAGGCAGGACGGCCAAGCGAGAAACUAUCAGUCACAGGACGCCUACUCAUCGUCUAGUGGAGCGGUACCGAGGACGACAAAGAUUGACGAGGAAAAGACAAAGUCACUCUCCAGAACUUAUCACACGAUUAAGGACAUGAUUUCGAGUCGUUUCGGACCUAGUCGCAAAGACGUCGAGGCGGAACCGGAAGCCAGUCUGAACAACGUCACGGAGGAGCUGCGAAAGUCGAGCAGGAGCAUCGACGAUGAUGAGACUAGGAAGAAGGAAGGGAUUUACGGAAAACCUCGCGCACAGGAACCGUCGGUUAAUGUGCAACAAUAUUCAAAGAAUGCUUACGGUCAGUAUGGUCACUCAUACGGUUAUCAAAGCAAUCAGCAAAAUGUACCUCUACCAGGCCAACUGCAGCCGACCGCGACUAUUCAGCCGAAUUUACCAGGGCAAAGCGCUCAGCUUCACGUAACCCACCAUACUCCACCAGGAGGAAUUCAAACAGUUCAUCAAACUCAAGUUCCUGCUUUUGGCCAAACCGCGACAGGUGCGCAGCAGGUGCAAAAUGUUACGAGGGAGUACAUGGUUCAGACAUCGGGUGGUAUGACCGGACAAAUACAUCAAGGAAUCCAUCAGAAUCCCACGCAAGCACAGGGGCAAGGCACGCAAGUGCAAAAACCGCACGGUCUAUCCGUGCAACAGCAUCAAGUGAGCAAUACGAUGCCGACGACAAGUCCAAGCUUCCAGAGUCCUCAGCAGUUGCUUCAUCAGAAUCAGAACCAUCACCAGAGUCCGCGGUUCGCACAGCAGCACGCUCAGAACAUGCAUCAGCGUCAGCAAUUAAUCCAGCAGAUGCACCAGCAAAUGGUCGGCCAGCAGAGCUCGCAAACUACAAGUGCGCGAAAUAUGCAGCAGUCAUAUUUUCCCAAUAGCGUCUCUUAUCAGCAGUAUCAGCAGGCGCGACAGGCGAUGUCGAGGUCGCAGAUCGAUCUUCCGAGCACGUCAAGACAAGCGCAAGAGCUCCGAGUAUCAGGCCAAGAGGUUUACUACCAUUAUGCUCAAGGAAGACCUCGUUAUGGUGUUCCUCAGGUGUACAUGAAGACAGAGAGUAAUCAGGAAACGGAAUUUCAGAGGCGAAACUCUGCAAAGGGUAUCGAGAAAGCAGCUUCACAGCCGCAACUUUGUUAUGAAGACGAACGGAAUACCGAGGUUUCGAAGAAUCCCGGAGAGAAUAUGAAGAAUUUAACAGUAGAUCCGUUGGAUAAGGAGAGAUAUGAGAUUACGGUGGAAGAUCGAAGUCAGUGUGAGUCCGGAAGAAAUGGAUUACAAAGGAAUGAGGAGUAUCGACCAGAAACUAGCUUUGGGAUUCGAAGAGACGAGACACGAACAUCAAAGAGAGAGCAAGAACAAGGAUCGGGUCAAGAGGGAGGUCAGAAUUCGAUAGAGGGAAAUUCUGUGCAAAAGAGGAUUGAAGAGUUGCAGAAGAGAACGGAGCAGGAGAGUCAUUUAAACUCCAAGCCACCGAAGGAUGAUGCGGACGGCUUAAGGGUCGGUCUAGCUACGAAAAUGAUCGGCGAGACAUCGAAAAGGCUCGAUAGUGGACAAUAUAGCGGGAAGGAGUCCGUUGUGAAAUCAGAUAGGAAAGACGAUCUGGAGCAGGGUAUCGGCCGAUUGAAGAUCCAGAAUCAAGGUUCAGGCUCGGAUUACGACAAAGCCGGCCAGAGUUCUUCGAAUGUCGAUUCAGGAAGGGGCUCCGCAGUCUAUUCGAGCGGAAGACGUCCGCCGCCCGAUGAUCAAACUUUAGCGCAAGCACAAGAUUCUGAAUGGGUGGAUAUAGUGGAAUCAGAGCUGAGGAGUAUUUUGGAGCCCAGGGAUGUUCCAGCCAUGGCGCACUCCACUCUGUCCGAAAGUGUAUCCUCGGUAACGCCGCCUCUGCCACCAUUGUCACCCCAUGACAGCCCACGUACGCCGAGAAAUCGAUACUCAACGAGUUUACCGUAUGGAUCAAAACCAAAUUAUAACGAUUAUAGCAAGGCUAUGGAAAAGAGAGGUUUCCCGAGCAGCACAAAACAUCGUGGCGCUUCGACGUCUAAAAAGGAAGCUGCGAAAAAGUUUUCUCAUCUUUUUGGAGUAGAAGCUGCUGACUUAACAUCCACCACAACAGGACUUGAUUUAGAUUCCAUGUUAGACAGAAGCGAUUCUGAUCUCAGUACCACUGAUGCAAGGACAAUUAGGAAACAGUUGGAAGGAUUAGAAAAUAUGUACAGUGAAGUACUUAAAUUAUUAGGCGGGAGCGUGAAAAAAAGACGGAAGGCGAGAGGGCUUACUAGCUAUGGUUCAGUUUCGUCGUUACCGACAUCCUCUGUCUCAUCAAGACCUGUCACGAGGCAUCACGACAAACGUAGAUCUCAUGUGAUUGAUGAUAGAAUGAAGAAAGCCAAAGAUAUUAAGAGCAUCAACAAGCGUUUUCAGCGACUAGAGUCGCACGUGGUGACACUAGCAAGAUCAGUGGCUCACCUGAGUUCGGAGAUGAGGACCCAACAUCUGAUGAUACAGGUUUUCGCAGGAAAUGGAGAGCAUAAAGUGCGAGAUCGCAGCCCUCAGAACUCAAACGAGCAUGGCGAUGGUGAGAUCGCAGUCACAGCCCCUAAUCAAGGAUUCGGAACUGCCGGCACUUUCGAAUCCCUCGAGAGUGAAGAAACUGACCAAGUUUUUCGGCACGGAACCCCCCCUCAUCAGACUGUUCCUGAGGGAACUUGGGUAUGAGAAAUACGCAACCGCUUUCGAGAAAGAGAAAGUCGGAAUGGUGGAGUUGCCUUACCUGAGCGAGGAGAGACUUCAAAAGAUGG